UCACAAGCAAAAAGACAGUGACCCCAUUCUGCCCGUAGCUUUGGCGCACACUCUACAAAUACUAAUAUCUUCUCCAAAUAAUCCCACACUUCACUGUUCACUGAACUACUUUCACUCAUCGGAGGGAGGGACCUUCGAUACGACGCCGUUUCGAUUCCGAAUUUUUUUUUUUUUUUCCAAAAAAUGGCUUUGAAAUCUUUCAUCGAAGUACACCCGGACUCUCACUUCCCCAUACAGAACUUGCCGUACGGCGUCUUCAAGCCCGAACCGGCUUCACCGGCUCGGCCGGGCGUCGCGAUCGGCGACUACGUCUUGGACCUCUCCGUCGUCGCCUCCGCCGGUCUCUUCGACGGUCCGGUUCUCAAGAACAACUGCGAUUCCUUCCUUCAGCCUGAUUUAAACAAAUUCCUAGCUUUGGGACGUCCAGCUUGGAAGGAAGCUCGUGCUACUCUUCAAAAGCUUUUGUCAGCCACUGAGCCAGCAUUACGUGACAAUGCAGCUUUAAGGCAGAAAGCACUUGUGCCAUUGAGCAAGGUCGAAAUGCUUGUUCCCAUUUCAAUAGGGGAUUACACAGACUUCUUUUCAUCUAUGCAUCAUGCAAAGAAUUGUGGAACCAUAUUUCGUGGACCAGAGAACCCAAUUCCGGCAAACUGGUUUCACCUUCCCAUUGCGUAUCAUGGACGGGCUUCAUCUAUUGUUAUCUCUGGAACAGACAUUGUUCGACCAAGAGGUCAAGGCCAUCCGGCUGGCAACUCUCCACCAUAUUUUGGACCUUCAUUGAAGCUGGACUUUGAGCUUGAAAUGGCUGCUGUUGUUGGUCCUGGAAAUGAAUUAGGAAAACCUGUGGAUGUUAAUGAGGCAGCAGAUCAUAUUUUUGGCCUUGUAUUGCUGAAUGACUGGAGCGCUAGAGAUAUUCAGGCAUGGGAAUAUGUACCUCUUGGUCCUUUUCUGGGAAAGAGUUUUGGUACUACAGUAUCCCCAUGGAUUGUAACACUAGAUGCUCUUGAACCUUUUGCUUGUGAUGCUCCCAAACAGAACCCUCCUCCAUUGCCAUAUCUUGCUGAAAAGAUAUCCAAGAACUAUGACAUUUCAUUGGAGGUUCAAAUUAAACCUGCUGGACAAGAAAAUUCAUCCGUGGUCACGAGGAGUAAUUUCAACCAUUUAUAUUGGACACUGACUCAGCAGCUUGCACACCACACCAUUAAUGGUUGCAACUUAAGGCCUGGUGAUCUCCUUGGAACUGGGACGAUCAGUGGACCUGAGCCACAAUCUUAUGGAUGCUUGCUAGAGUUAACAUGGAAUGGACAAAAACCACUGUCCUUAAAUGGGACAACUCGAAAAUUCCUAGAAGAUGGAGAUGAAGUCAUUUUUAGCGGUUAUAGUAAGGGAAACGGUUACAAUGUUGGGUUUGGGACAUGCUCUGGAAAGAUUAUUCCACCCCCUUGAGGAGGACGAUGUUGUUUUUGGUGAUGAAGCAAGUCCAGUAAAAUCUAAUCACACCUCAAUUUAAAUUGGAAUUGCUGGAGCUGGGCUAGUCAGUAUUUGUUGUAAAUUCUUGUCCAUAGUUCUGUAAUGUUUUUUCUUUAAAUGGUCUGCAUUAGCAAGACAUUCUUCAGCUAUGGGCAUAACCUCUCUUGAAUCUUGUUGCGGCAUUCUAAAUAAAUGGUACUUUCCUGUUCUAA